AUGACGACGCUGGACAGUGCAUCGGUCCGCAAGGACGGUGUUCUCGGCGGCGUCAACUUGCUGCAGCGACGCGGCGCCACCACGCUCGGGCUCGGCUGGCUUAUUGCCAUUGUUCUGUGCGGGGGCGUCUCUCUCUUCAUCGUCGUCGGUUUCGCACUGGCGUGGCGUGCGCAGAAGCGGCACUCGCCGCUGACGGUGACGCGGACGACGGCAUCGCUACCAUACGAGGCGUCGGGCUUGACGGCGCUGCUGCGACAGCCCGCCUCGACGACGCGUCUGGCGAAGCGCCGCAUGACGGUGGUGCGCGAGAGCUACUCCGACGAAGAUGAAGACAAAAUGACGCUGAGACGGUUCUCACUGAAGCGCAUCUCCUCGCUGCCGGUGCUGCCACCGCUGCCGACGUACAGCACAAUCAGGUUGUUCAACCCCAGCAGGGCUUCAUAUCGAAAGGAAAGGGGCUGGCUGGUGGACGAGGAGGCGAUUGCAGAAGGCGAAGAGCGGCGGAUGAGCGUUAGCAAGUACAGACAGAGACCGGGCAGCGGAAGUGGAUGGGCGGGACAAAUGGUCGGGGUGCUGAUGCAGGGUCCGGUGGUGAAGCCGGAACGACAACAACAACAACAGCGACAUCAAGAACACCAGCCAGCACCGCCUACAUACCAGCAGGAUUCUCGACAACAGCCAAACAACACAAACUACGACCACAUAUACGAAGACCUCGAGAAAUCACAUCAUAACUACCAUGCCGAAGAGGAACCGUCAAUGCCAGCCAUGCCUUCCGCCACACACACCCGAGACUCGGAUGCCAGUACGAAAGACUUUGUCCGCCCGGCGGCCGCCGUGCUCGCACGGCACCCAUCCUGCACUGACUCGGAUCUGCGGUCUAUUCUACGCUCCACGGAACAACGCUUACGCGACGGCGACCGCAGCCGCAGCUGCUCCCCUGAGAAGGCGCUGCACACGCCAUAUACUUCGCCGACUAAACCGCGGAGCGGCGGCCGCGUAUCUCGCCAAGGGUUAUCGCAUAACCACAACAACAGCCCGACGCGGUAUGGGAUUCCCGGUAGUACCAGCGGUGGCGGCAUGGGCACGCGUGAGGGCUCGGCCGCGUCGGUUGGCAGCGCGGCCACCAGCCUCGUUGCGCAAGCAACGGAGGAGCUGGAGCUGCCGGGGGGAAUGGGCAGCCCGAGCCGUCUGCGUGGCCACGAGUGGCUGGCGGGUGAUGAAGCGAUACUAAAACUAACGACGCCGCAGCUGCAGCAGCUACAGGACGAUCAGAAGGAGGAGGAGGAGCGUAUAGCUCAACGCGACAGUGCGCAACGCCAGUAUUACCAACAGCUUCAGCAGCAACAGCAACAGCAACAGCAGUAUAUUAGUCCUCAGCGAAGCCCGCAGAGGAGCCCGCAAAGGAGUCCGCAGCGCGAGCGAUCCCAGAGACGCGGCUCCGUCGACAGCGAUGCCUCGUCGAGCCUUUCCACGCUCUACAGUGUCGGAGACGAGAUUGACCACGCCUCAAUCCAGGCUGUCGUCGAGGGCCCCGACGAUCCGUUUGUUGAACACGGCAGCCGCGCAGAUGGUUUGCCCGUGCUUGCGCCCCUGCGACGCACCAUGACGAUUAGCUCGGACACGCUCGUUCGCCACAUUGACCUUGAGAACAUGCCGUCCAUCUACCGUAGCCCGCCUCUCCAAGAACAGCAGCCGAAGCUACAGCAGGGCUACCAGAGGCUGCACAAGUCGCUCGACGUGCAGCGCUUUGCCGGCGUCCUGCUGCCGCCGCCCGCCCAGGCGCGCGCCUACGAAGACGUCCGUCCCAAGUCGGAGGCGGCGGCAGAAAUCAGUAUCUGCGUUUCGCCGCAGGUGUCUGAGUCGAGCUACACUGACAUCUCGGUCGACACGACGAUAUUAAGCGACUAUAUGACCAUGGUGGACGAAGAGGAGGAGAAGGUAGAGGCUGGCGGGCAUGACGUGACGCCGGUCAAGGACCAUGGCCGUCGGCGUGGCUCGGAUGCCUCGUCGUCGCCUUUUAGCGAGCAGGAGAUUGUCAGCAUAGUUAUGGCGGCGGAAGAAGCGUCACCGAAAAGGCAGUCACGGCGUGCGCUUCCCAUGCCGCCGGUUGUCUUUGCGCCCGACGGGUCGGUCGUACCGCAGGGGUUGUCGCCGCCACCCAAGAGCGUCGCGCGCAACAAGUCCCUCAUCCGCAAGCCAUCGGUCACGUCGUCGUACUACAGCAACGACUACCAUGAUAAUAAAUACUAUAACAAUAACAAUGCAGAGCCGCAGAUUGUCGGCGUGCCGGCCUCGCGCAGCGGCACUAUUGUCAAGGGCCUGUCCGUGUGCCGCUCGGUCGCGGAGCUGCGCCGCAUGAACUCGCUCACCAGCAACGUUAGCUGCAAAUCGCUCGUCUCGUCUGCGCAGGCCGAAAAUAGAGGCACUGAGCAGCAGGCUUUGCGGCCGACGACGGCUCAGGCGUCCACGAGACCUCCCCGCAUGGGCGCGCGUCAAUAUCUGAGUGUCUAUGGUGGUGGCGGCGGCCGGGAUAAGCUCGACAGAAGCAACAGCAGAAGGAAUCGUCCAAGCGGUCCGCGCCCGAAAAAGAGCGACGGCGGCAGCAGCAGCAGCGGACAUGCACGCUCGGAAACAGCAACGACGAUGACGGCCCCGACGACGCCGGAAAGGCCGGCCAAGAACCCGCGCCGAAGCUUGGGCAAUGUAGGCUCCAUGGUGGAGCGCUACCAGCAAAAGGGCCCGGACAAGGAGGCAGAUUACGGCAAGGAGAAUGCGGGCUUGGGCAUCUCGCUCCCGCCGCCGGCGUCGCCGCCGCCGACGACGACGACCAGACCGCCCCGGAACCCGGCCGUCGCGGAGCUGGCGGCCGCGCAACGCAGGGAGAAGCGUGGCAGCGUGGACAGUCUGGGGCUCUAUGACAAGGAUGGCUUUUUGCUGCCGUCACCGGAGCGGGAGCUCCAUAAGAAGCUGCUGCGCAUGUAG